AUGGGGCGACUUAUGAUAGCUGCCAUCCUUUGUGCCAUGCUCAGCCAGAUUUUAUGCUCUGGGGUUUUUGAGUUGAAGUUGCAUGAAUUUCUCAAUAAGAAAGGAAUAACAGCUAACACUAAUUGCUGUAAAGGAGGAUCCUUGCCGGCGAUUCAGCAGUGUGAAUGCAAAACCUUUUUUAGGAUUUGCCUCAAGCAUUACCAGGCGAACGUGUCCCCAGAGCCUCCGUGCACUUAUGGCGGAAUUACUACCCCUGUUCUCGGAUCAAACUCAUUUCAAGUCCCUGAAAGUCUUUCAGACAGCACCUUCAUCAACCCAGUGCGCUUCCCUUUUGGAUUUACAUGGCCGGGGACGUUUUCACUAAUUAUCGAGGCGCUGCAUACAGAUUCUCCUGAGGAUUUAUCAACCGAAAACCCAGAACGUCUGAUCAGUCGUAUGACGACCCAGAGGCACUUGACGGUCGGAGAAGAGUGGUCCCAAGAUCUCCAAAUGGCUGGGAGAACAGAGCUGAAGUACUCGUACAGAUUUGUGUGUGAUGAACAUUACUAUGGUGAAGGCUGCUCGGUGUUUUGCCGUCCAAGAGACGACGCCUUUGGCCACUUCACAUGCGGAGAGCGUGGAGAAAUCAUCUGUAAUUCAGGAUGGAAAGGCCAAUACUGCACAGAACCAAUCUGUCUCCCAGGCUGUGAUGAGGAGCAUGGGUUUUGUGACAAACCUGGUGAAUGCAAAUGCAGGGUGGGCUUCAGUGGAAAAUACUGUGACAACUGUAUCCGUUACCCUGGUUGCUUACAUGGCACCUGUCAGCAACCAUGGCAGUGCAACUGUCAAGAGGGCUGGGGUGGCCUCUUCUGCAACCAAGAUCUUAAUUACUGCACACACCAUAAACCAUGCCAGAAUGGAGCCACUUGCACUAACACUGGUCAAGGCAGCUACACAUGCACCUGCAAGCCUGGUUUCACUGGGGCGAGCUGUGAGAUUGAGGUGAAUGAGUGCUCUGACAGCCCCUGCAGAAAUGGAGGAAGCUGCACUGAUCUUGAGAACACAUAUAGUUGCACCUGUCCUCCUGGCUUCUAUGGAAGAAACUGUGAGCUGAGUGCCAUGACUUGUGCUGAUGGUCCCUGCUUCAAUGGUGGACGGUGUGUCGACAAUCCUGAUGGAGGAUACUUCUGUCAGUGUCCCACAGGCUACGCUGGCUUUAAUUGCGAAAAGAAGAUUGAUCAUUGCAGUUCCAAUCCAUGCUCAAAUGGCGCCCGAUGCCUAGACCUUGUGGACUCCUAUCUCUGCCAAUGUCCAGAGGGUUUUACAGGCACACACUGUGAUGACAAUAUUGAUGAGUGUGCUGGCUACCCCUGUCAGAAUGGAGGAACAUGCCAAGAUGGAGUCAACGACUACACCUGUACCUGCCCACCUGGAUACGCUGGCAAGAACUGUAGCCUGCCUGUUAAUAAGUGUGCACAUAACCCUUGCCACAAUGGAGCUACAUGUCAUGAAAGGGAUAAUCGCUAUGUGUGUGCCUGCAUUCCUGGAUACGGAGGACGUAACUGUCAAUUCUUGCUCCCUGAAAACCCUCAAGGACAGCCUGUUGUAGAGGGAGCUGAUAAAAGGUACUCUGACGAUGAGGAGGACAACUUAUUUCCAUGGACGGCAGUUUGUGCCGGGAUUAUUUUGGUGCUUUUGCUCCUGCUUGGGUGUGCUGUCUUGGUCGUGUACAUCCGCAUAAAACUACAGCAGAGUAGUCAGCAAGCUGAGAGUCAUAUUGAAAGUGAGACCAUGAACAACUUGACCAACAACUGCAGUCGAGAGAAGGACCUGACCGUCAGCAUUAUAGGCACGACGCAGGUGAAGAACACCAACAAGAAGGUGGACUUUCAGAGUGACGCCACAGGUGUAGAAAAGAAAGGUUACAAGUCUCGCUAUUCAUUAGUGGAUUACAAUCUUGUUCAUGAGCUUAAGCAAGAGGAGAUUGGAAAAGAGGACUUGGAGAAAAACGAUGUAAAAUGUGAAGCUCUUGACUCUGACUCAGAAGAAAGACACAGAAAACAUUUAAAAAGUGAGAUGUCAGAGAAAAGUCCAGAAGCUGCAUGCAAAGACACAAAGUACCAGUCUGUCUUUGUAAUAUCAGAUGAAAAGGAUGAAUGUAUUAUUGCAACUGAGGUAUAAUGCCACAACAGAGCUGUAGCUCGUCUUGCUCUACAGGAGGUUUUACUCCAGUAUAUGCUGCUCAAACCAGAGGGAAGGUUUCCUUCUUGUGACUGCUGCUGUGGGUCUUAUGUUCAUGGUGAAAUUCAGAAUGAGCUGGUUCUCAACUGAAGUAAGCACAGUGACUGCAGAAAAAGGAUGUUGAGCCAUACUGGCUCGCACUCUCAAAGUUUAUUUCCCAGGAAUGUGUCAGAUGAACUUGUUUGCAGUUCCUGUAGGGAGGUUUUUUUUUCUUUUUUUUUUUUUAAACCUCAUUGCACUAUGGAGGGUUGCUUUUUAAAAAAAAUGUAUUUAACAUUCAAAUGUAAUUACUGCAUAUAAGUAUGCACUGACUGCAGUGUCUAUCUCUGACCCGUUACACAGGUCAGGAGAGGAAAAACACCGCCAUCAAAACUGUUCAGUUACUGAUGUGAUUUUUAAGCUGAAAUAUUGUUUUUAUU